GUUCAGUUCACAGAAGCUAAACCACGGGAGACCUCCAUAGUCAUCAGGAAUGUUACAGAGCAGGAUGAAGGAUGUUAUCUCUGUUUGUUCAACACCUUCCCUGAUGGAGCUCUGACAGAGAGAACCUGUCUAAAGGUUUAUGAGCUGCAUGGACCCGUCCUUGAUGUCAGCACAUCAAGCUCUCCUGCAGGGUCAGUUGUGUCCUGUUCAGCCACAGGUCGACCUGCUCCCACUGUAACACUGACUGCUCCACAGCAGAACCUCAGCUUGUCCCUCUACAACACCACCAGGGUGAGCAACAGCAACGGUACCGUCACCGUCACCACCACAGCUCUGCUGUCAGCUUCCAGCAGCACACAGGUUGGAUGUUCAGUGUCAGUUCUCUCUGCUGCUCCCAGAGAGCUGCUGCUCACCGUUCCUGGACCCUCACACACGUCUGAUCAUGGUUUGGAUGAACAAUCUGGAUCAUCUGACAGAGGCUGCAGUGAGUUCAUGUUCAGAUUCUCACAUGUUGAUUUCUCACUUUGU